CAGAAGCCGGCAAGAAAAGAAAACGAGGGGGUCGCCAUGUCUACCAUUGCGGCUUUCUACAACGACAAAUCGAUCCUCAUCACGGGAGCCACGGGAUUCAUGGGCAAAGUGCUGGUGGAGAAACUUUUACGCACCAGUCCUGACCUCAAAACCAUCUACAUCCUCGUCAGGCCCAAGUCUGGACAGUCGAUGCAGCAGAGAGUGGCCGAGAUGCUCAAAUGCAAGCUGUUCGACAAAGUCAAAGAAACCUGUCCCAACAUCAAGGAGAAGAUCAAACCCAUUUACGCCGACCUCAAGCAGGGAGAUCUGGCCAUCAGCAAAGAGAACUUGCAGGAACUCCUGGCAUGUAUCAACAUCGUUUUCCACUGUGCCGCCACCGUUCGCUUUGAUGACCCACUGAGACACGCCUUGCAGCUGAACGUCCUGGCCACCCAGCAGCUCCUGCUCAUCGCCAGCCAGAUGUCCAAACUGGAAGCCUUUAUCCACUUCUCCACCGCCUUCUCCAACUGCAACCUGAAACACAUCGACGAAGUCAUCUACCCGGCCCCCGUGGAGCCCAAGAAGCUCAUCGACUCCGUGGAGUGGCUAGAUGAGAAGAUUGUGGAAGAGAUCACUCCCAAACUGAUUGGCGACAGGCCCAACACCUACACGUUCACCAAAGCCUUAGGGGAGACCGUGGUGGAGCAGCAGAAAGGAAACCUCAACAUAGCCAUCAUCCGACCGUCCAUUGUGGGAGCCAGUUGGAAAGAGCCUUUCCCAGGCUGGAUUGAUUCCUUAAAUGGACCUAGUGGCCUCAUCGUUGCGGCCGGGAAAGGCAUCCUGCGGGUCAUCAAGGCCACCCCCGAUGCUGUAGCCGACGUGGUUCCUGUAGACAUCGUCAUCAACCUGACCCUGGCCGUGGGGUGGUUCACCGCUGUCCACAGGCCCAAAUCAACUCUAAUAUACCACUGCACAACGGGAAACCUCAAUCCUUUCCCCUGGGGAAUGCUAGGUUACCACGUCCUGAAAACUUUCCAAGAGUCUCCUCUGGAGAAAGCCUUCAGGAGGCCCUGCACGGACUUCAUUUCCAGCAGCGUCACGGCUCACUACUGGAAUGCCGUCAGCCACAUUGGCCCGGCAAUUCUCUACGAUUUCUACCUGAGGAUCACGGGGAGGAAGCCCAGGAUGACCAAGUUGGUCAACCGCCUGCUCAAGUCCCUUUCCCUGCUGGAGUAUUUCAUCAAUCGGAGCUGGGAAUGGAGUACGUACAAUACAGAAAUGUUAAUGGGGCAGCUUACCCCUGAAGACCAAAAUCUCUUCAAUUUUGACGUGCGCAAGUUGGAUUGGUUUGAGUAUGUUGAAAACUACUGCAUUGGGACUAAGAAGUACCUUCUGAAAGAAGACAUGUCUAGGCUUCCUGCCGCGAGGCAGCACUUAAAAAGGCUCAGAAACAUUCACUACCUCUUCAACACCGUUGUCUUCCUCAUCGUUUGGCGGGUCUUCAUCGCCCGAUCGCAGAUGGCUCGGAAUGUCUGGUACUUUGUAGUGAACCUCUGCUAUAAAUUCCUUAACUACUUCAGGGCAUCCAGCACCCUUGGGCACUGAGAACUUAGUCAAAAACCAGUGGGUGUAAGGAUUUCAAAGCGAUUUAAAAACUUGCCUGUUCCCAUAACCCUCCAAACCGACCAUCAUGUAUUUGCCAGAAUUUUUUUCGGUGACGAUGUGGUUUUUCUUCCAGGGAAAAAUUCCUACGGAGGUAAAACUUUAUCCCAACCUGCUUGGCCAUAUUGCAACUUCUGAGAAAAAAAAAAAAAGAUAUCUCAGGUUUUCCCUGACCCUAUUUCGUGCCACAUGACUAUGAAUAUCAAAGGCAGCUUUUUUCUUCCCAAAUAUGACGCUUCACAAAAAAAAAAAUCAACCUGUAUGUUCAAAUCAAAUGGCACAAAAUACGGAUGGAAGUACUGAACAAAGAAAUGUAUAAGUUAAAGAACUUCACUGUCCUUGUAAUAAGGUUUUUGAAACUUAGCCUAAAGGCACAAAAUGA